GCUUGCCUCAGCAUCUCUGAUCUCACGCCUCCACACACCAAAACCAACAAAAUGGCCUUCGCUGGAAAAUGGGAAACUGAGAACCAGGAGGGAUACGACGCAUUCUGCAAGCUGCUCGGUAUCCCUGAUGACGUCAUCGAGAAGGGCCGUGACUACAAGAUGGUCACAGAGGUCACUCAGGACGGCGAUAACUUCUCCUGGACCCAGAUGUACCCCACAAACGCCAAGGUCACCAACAAGUUCAUCAUCGACAAGGAGUGCGACAUGGAGACCAUCGGAGGAAAGAAAUUCAAGGCCACAGUGCACAUGGAGGAAGGCAAGCUGAGCGUGGCCUUCCCCAACUACCACCACACCUCUGAGAUCAGCGGAGGCAAGCUCGUCGAGACCUCCAAAGCCGGCUCUGUAGUGCUGAAGAGAACCAGCAAGAAGAUCUAACUGCUGACUGACAUUUGACCUCUUAAACAGUUACAAUGGAGACCUCAGCUACCGC